AUGAUUGCUCAAGUGUUACUUAAAGACGUUGCCGAAACGCCAAGGAUCCCUAUCAAAGAUUGCAUUAGAAUCGUUCAAACCGUACAUGGUAAAACUAUAAGCAACAGAAAGGGAUUUCUCGGGCGUAGUCGCGUUUUUCAGAUGAUCUUUGAAAAUUGGCAUACCUCUUUUCAAUCAUUGCCAAGGUAUAUGGCGGCUCUACAACAUUUUAAUGCUGUUGGGGACUGUGUGUUGAUUCGGCCGGAAAAAGCCAAUACGAAUCCAUAUGUAGCACGUGUAGAGGAAAUUGAACCUGGCAACAAGAAAAUAAGAAUUAGAUGGUAUUACUCGCCAGAGGAGACAAAGAGUGGGCGGAGACAGUUUCAUGGAGCAAGGGAGGUAUUCUUGUCAGACCACUACGAUGAGCAAUCUGUUGACGUAAUAAACGGGAAGUGCAGGAUUCACACUUUGGAUGAGUAUUUGAGCCUUGAGUCUGUCCGUCCUGAGGAUUACUACUGUCGGUUUGAGUAUAAAUCUAAAACUGGAGUAUUUGUGCAAGAUCGUGUUGCAGUUGAAGUGUAUUGUAAAUGCAAGAUGCCAUAUAACCCAGAUGUUUUGAUGAUAGAAUGCGACAAGUGCAAGAAGCGGUAUCAUCCCCACUGUUUGGGCAUGUCUAAUGAGAAAGCUGAACAACUAAAGGAUAAACAAUUUGUAUGUUCCGAUUGCUGA